UUUAAUGUUAUAAAACUACCAACUUUUUCACCUUAAGUACCUGUUGGCAGCAAGUCAGCUCUGGAUUGAUCGCUCUCAUUUUUAUGCAAGUGGCCUGUUUCUAGAGGGUAAAGGGUCAUGUUUGUUUCAUUCGUUUCAUUUGUUUGAGGUUUAUUUGUCAUUUGUUAUUAAGAUACUGAACCCAAAAUUGCCCCUUCACCUCUACUUACCAUUUCACCAUAAAAUGAUCAUGUUAUAUGGGUAUUCGGUGUUGACAUGGUGAAAAUGUUUUUAAUACGUGUCUAUUAUCUUUAUAGGACAUUUCUCUUGUGUUGUAUCAUUAAGUAUAAAUGUAAAUCAAUGACUGAAUAUCUUGUAUACUCUUAGCAAGUCUAAUCAGGUGAGUUGAUGUGAGUUUAUCAGCCAUAGGGUCUCAGAGAGAAAGCCAUUGUUAGCAACUAUCAAUAGGACAGGAAGACUUUGAUCAGGCUUAGGAAACACCCAGUCUUACAAAAGCUGACUUUCUUCAGGAGAGGAAAGCAUUUCACUCUUUGAAAACAGCAAACUACCAGGAACAGUGGGCUUGUAAAAUAAGCUUUGACCAGCUUCACGCUGCUGCUGUUUGUUGUGCGUUCAAAAGGAUGGAUACUCUGGAGGCAUUGUGAUGUUCACAGAGGAGGAUGUACGAGUGCAAGCGAGUCGUGAUUGUCUGCGUGUGCGUUUGCGUUCAGUGAACCUCCUGAGGCUUCCGGUGCUGGUCGGACACACAUCUCCUGUUGGACGUUAGCCAACCAGUGCAGGGUGUGCGUGUGCGCGUGCCUAUGUGCUCAGUGGCUUUAGGGGUUUCAUGACUUUUUAUUGACAUGACCAACAAGUGCACAUUAGUAGCCGGGUUACUCAUUACAGGUGAUGCUGUAGUUUGUUUGUGAUAAGACUCUCGCUUUGAGAACAAAGUCCUGUCAGGUAUAACAAGCCAUCGGUUACUUCAGCACAUCCCACCCAUCCCUCUCAGGACCACUGCUGCUGCUCAGGCCUCUCAGAGUUGUGUUUUCUGCCUCCUCGCAUCUAUCGAGAACAGCAUCAUGAGUGUAGAGUCCAAAAAAACACGUGAGGCCUGCUGCUCCAAGCUCAAGCUCUUCCUAGCCUCGCUUGCAUUUGUGUAUUUUGCCAAAGCCUUUUGUGGAGCCUACAUGAAGAGCUCCAUCACUCAGAUUGAGAGACGCUUCGACAUCCCGAGCUCCCUCAUCGGGGUUAUCGAUGGCAGCUUUGAAAUGGGCAACCUGUUGGUCAUAGCCGUUGUGAGCUACUUCGGUGCGAAGCUCCAUCGUCCACGGCUGAUCGGUAUCGGCUGUCUGAUCAUGGCUGCUGGAUCUUUCCUCAUCGCCAUGCCCCACUUCUUCCAGGGAUUGUAUAAAUAUGAGACAAGUAUGACUCACAGCAAAGACAUAAACAGCACCGAGAACAUCCUGCCCUGCUUGUCCAACCACAGCAUCCCUGAAGCAGAUGAGACGGUUGAUUUAGGGCCUCAAGCAGCUUGUGAGAAGGCAGCUGGCUCGUCCAUGUGGAUCUACAUUUUCCUGGGAAACAUGCUGCGGGGGAUUGGCGAGACUCCCAUCAUGCCUCUGGGUGUGUCCUACCUGGAUGAUUUCUCCAGAGAGGAGAACACUCCUUUCUAUUUGGCUUGUAUCCACACAGUGGGAAUCUUAGGACCUAUGUUUGGGUACAUGCUUGGCUCCUUCCUGGCAAAGAUCUAUGUAGACAUUGGAUCUGUGGAUUUAGACAGCAUCAGCAUUAACCACAAGGACUCCCGCUGGGUGGGGGCCUGGUGGCUGGGCUUCAUAGUGACCGGCAUCGUGCUGCUGCUGUCCAGUAUCCCAUUCUGGUUCCUGCCCAAGUCUCUGCCCAAGCAGGGCCAGGAGGAGAGUCAGAGUAAGAGUACCGAGCUGGCCACAGUGGGAGAGCAGGAGAAAUUCCUGGCAGAGGAAAACCAGGAGCAGGACGAGAAAGAGAAGCCGGUCUCGUUCCACGAGAUGGCUAAAGAUUUCAUACCGUCUCUGAGACGACUCUUCAGGAACAGCAUCUACGUACUGAUGAUCCUAACGCACCUCGUGGCCGUCAAUGGCUUCAUGGGCCUCAUCACCUUCAAGCCCAAGUACUUGGAGCAAGUCUUUGGCCAAUCCGCCUCCAGGGCCACUUUCCUCAUAGGUAUCCUGAACCUGCCGGCUGUAGCCAUGGGCAUCAUCACCGGAGGGUUUGUGUUGAAACGCUUCAAGCUGGGCAUCGUCGGAGCAGCCAGGGUGUCCAUUACUGCCACCAUGGUGUCCUUCUGUCUGCUUUCCAUGCAGGUCUUCAUGCACUGUGGACAAGCAGACGUGGCUGGUCUCACUGUCUCAUAUCAGGGGGCUCCUCAGGUGUCACACGACCAUCAGACUUUGCUGUCGCAGUGCAAUGUGGGCUGCUCCUGCUCGGUGAAGCACUGGGACCCGGUGUGUGCCUACAACGGGAUGACGUACACCUCGCCAUGCCUGGCCGGCUGCCAGACCUCCACUGGCAUUGGCAGGGACAUGAUGUUUCAUAACUGUAGCUGUGUCGAAGACAAGAUGACAUCAGCUGUGAACAUGUCUGCAGUGCUGGGCCAGUGCCCCAGGAGAAGUGACUGUGACGGCAUGUUUAAAAUCUACAUGGCUCUGUCUGUGAUUGGAUCCUUCAUCUCUGCAUGCGGGGCAACGCCAGGAUAUAUAGUGCUGCUCAGAUCCAUACAGCAAGACCUGAAAUCCCUGGCAUUGGGAAUGCAGACACUGAUCGUAAGAAGUCUGGGUGGGAUCCCUCCUCCUAUUUACUUCGGGGCACUCAUCGACCGAACCUGUCUGAAGUGGGGUACCAAGCAGUGUGGAGGUCGAGGAGCUUGUAGGCUCUAUGAUGCUAACGCCUUUAGGGUGACAUACAUGGGCUUGAUAAAUGGACUCUACUUCCUGUCCAACAUGCUGUGGGUGGGUCUCUACCUCCGAAUUGUCAAGCGACAGAAGAAGUUAGCGUUGAGGAAUCAGGCUAAAGAGAACGGACUAGAGGCGAACGGACAGGUCAACGGACACGCCACCAUCAGCAUCGCCAAAGACAAAGAGGACGCAGACAAGGAGAGCACCAUUUAAGCUGGUAUGACAUCAAACCAUAAUACAGUUGAAUGACACAUGCAGUAUUUCCCAUUACUUAACUACUGUGCUGCACCCGGACUGGACCAGAUGCAGUAAUGGUACAGUGUCAGAAUUGUAUACCUCUUUUUCUAUGUAGUAUGUGUAUAGAUGCUGUAUUCAUACAUGCAGUAUAUGCUCAGUAUAGUGUAUGUACAGUACAUUGUUUUAAAUACUAGUUCAAGACAAAAGUGUUGUUAUGAGUUACUGACAAAGUAUUUUUGAAUAUACGGCCGACACUUUGUGGGAUUAUGGAUCCCUCUGCUUUGUCUUCAAUGAACUAUACUAUAAUGAAGACACUGAGGGUGGUUGAGGGAAUCAUGUGUGAUAGUUUAGUAAAAGCGUCCAGUUUAGACAAGAUGAGUAAAUGAAGCGGCUUAAAUUCACAAGGAUCACUAUAAGAGGCAGAUAUUUGAUUUCCCAUACAGAUGAUUAUUUUUGUUUUAAGAAAAAAACAUCACUUACUGUACAUUCAGUUAUUAUAGAUGGUACAUGUACCCAUCAGAGUAAGUGAAGUCUGUGAUUGCUGAAGAACGAUCCAGUCCUUGAAGGCAACACAAAAAUGAAAUAUAUUUAGUUUAUUAUUAAAGAAUAUUGACCAGAUGUGUAAUACUUGAACAAGGAGGAGGAGAUCCAGACACAUCUUUUUAAAUCACCAUUUUAUAUUUACAGCUCAAUCCCACUUUAGUCGGUACCCAUAUAUGGGUCACCUAAAAACGAAUACUUCUGCUGGAGGAUUAAGACAAAUGCAACUACAGACUGCCAUUUGUUAGCUCAGCUCAGCUUAGCACACAGAGGCUCAACACUGGUUAGUUUGUUUAGUCUGCUCAAAAAGUCAAUUGUAAAAACUUUGUUCAUGUCGUAGAAUGUAUGUAACGUGUUGAAUAGGGAGCGUCAGACUUGUGAUGUACAAUGUACACAACUCGACCAGUAGGGAAGUAAGAAAUCACUCAUAGUGGAUGGAUGGUGGGUUAUCUUUGUAAUUAAUUGAAAAAAUUAGGUUUAAAAAUAUCUAGUUGUGUUUUCCAAACUACUUUUCUAUGGAUAUUAGCUGAGUCCCCUGUGAUAGCUUUGGCCUCUGGAAAAAAAGGACAUGAUGUUUGGUGGGAUUUAUUAAUUCAGAGAAAUCUGCUUUAUUGGCAUUAAGGUUAAAAACAAUAAUAGCAAUUUUAUUUAAACUCAUAUUAAAUAAUGUCAGACUUAAAUUGCAAUCCCAAUGAACACCUUAUCUCAGGAUGAACAGUUCAGUUUGUUUGUCUCCACUUUGAACAGCUCACCUUUUUUACAAAUAUUCAUUUAUUUGCCCUCUACACCACAUUCCCGAAGUCUGUAACAGAAUCCCUCAUGAAAAUGUACCCGGAAACUUUGCUAAAAUGAAUAAAACAUAAGGAUAGAUCGGUGUACAUGUCUGGUAAAAAUUUGAAGGGUGGAUACAUUGUCGUUGGUACAGUGUUUAAGGAGGAAGCCAAGUUGAUUUAUUCUCAAAAUGUUCUUUGUAAAGGAAAUCUGACAUUCUUCUAAAAAGCACAGACACACACACACACACAUAUACUCAUAUAAAUGGAGGAAUUGAGUCCAUUGCACCAGAUGUCAGGAGGAUUAUUCUGACUGUAACACAACAUUGAUCAACUCGGGCACUGAACCCUGUAUUUACAUUUUUCUAAUCAAUACAGGCACUGAAAUAUAUUUCAAAUCUUUCAGGAAAUGUUGGCUCAACCUUUUCCUUAGUUUAAACUCACUCAUACUAUAUUUUCCUAAAGGUUUUGAAUAAACCAUAUGGAAUCAUCUUCAUGAAUCGUUGUGCAUAUUUGAGAUGCCUAUUAUGGGAUGUCCUGUCACACACUUCUUGUUACAUCACAUCAUUUAACACAAAAACAAGAGGUCAACAUUCACACAAUCCUCUGAGUCUCCGCUGUUUGUUUUGGAAAGUUCACUAAAGUUUGCACAGUGGUCUAAGAGCCGGUGCAUUGUCGCUCUGCUACUGUAAGUUUUAACUCUGUUAGACACUGACCGUAUAGUUGUAGAGAAACCAAUUUAUAUGUACUAUUAACAACUGUUAAUACGAAAAAAUGCAUAUUGUUGUAUUUUUGUUUCAUCUUCAUCUUUGCAUUUUUACAAUUUUAUUGAUUGUCCUUGAAAAUAUAUGUAAGCCAAAUAUUCACAAUAAACCGUUUUUAUGCA